AUAUAUAUAUAUUCUAUUUGACGAUAUAUAUAUAUAUAUAUAUAUAUAUAUAUAUAUCGGCUAGCCACGUGGCGGGCCAUUUUUCUUUCGUUUUUUUCAUAGGAGAUGGCUAUGGUGGGAUUUUUGUCACGUUGUUUGGCGGAGGACGAGCGGGAGGAGCGGGAGGAGGGAUUUGGAAAAGGAGCGGGAAAAGGAGGAGUGGGAGGAGGAGAGGGAGCAGGUGCCGGAGAAGGAGCGGGAGGGGAAAUGCGAAGGAGCGGAGGAGCCGCGGGAGGAGGAGCUGGAGGAGGAGGAGCGGCAAGGGAAACGGGAAGGGGGUUAGGAGCAGGAGAAGGAGCACGAGGAGAAACGGAAAGGGGCGGAGGAGGUGUGGGAGGAGGGGCAGUGGAGGAGGAGAAGCCGGAGGAGCACGAGGACGAGCGGGAGAAGGAGCAACAAGAGGAACGGGGGAAAGAGCAAGGGAAGCAGCGGGAGAAGGAGAAGCAGCAGGGGAGAGAGCAGGAGGAGGAGGAGGAGGAGGAGAGGGAGCAGCAGGAGAACGGGAUCUUUGUCACGUUGUUUGGCGGAGGAGCGGGAGGGGGAGGAGGAGGAGGAGGAGGAGUGGGAGGAGCGGGAGAAGGAGCGAGAGGAGGCGUGGGAGGAGCGAGGAAGGAGCGGGAGCGGGGCUAUGGUGCGGGAAGAGGAGCGGGAGGAGGGGGAGGAGGAACGGGGGCAAAAGCAGGUGGAGCAGCGGAAGGAGGACUAGCAGCAGGAGGAGCGGGAGGAGCAGCAACAGAGGGAGCAAGAGAAGGAGAGGGAGGAGGAGCGGGAGAAGGAGCGGGAGCGGGAGCGGGGCUAUGGCGGGAUCUUUGUCAUGUUGUUUGGUGGAGGAGCGGGAGGAGGAGGAGGAGCGGGAGGAGGAGGAGGAGGAACGGGAGGAGCGGGAGGAGGAGUGGGAGGGUGAGAAGAAGGGGGAGGGGAUUGGGGAUGGGGUUGCAUCUCACAGCCCCUUGAUCCAUACUCUCCUUCUCAUUUUGCACAUUCCAAGGCUGCUCAGUUCGAGCUGCUUGGGAUCCUGAACUGUGCAAUCGGAUUUUCGAAUACAAUACAGAAUGCCUUUUUCCUUUCCGUUUUUGCCUGCUGUCCUGUGCAACUCUGAUUGAUUUCCCUACUCUCAAGUAUGGUGUUGUUGUCUCUGUGCGACUCCCAAUAUGUCUUCCCGUAACCGCUACAACUCCAUGUGCCUUUUUUCACAAUCAAACAUAAAUGCUCUU